GAUGGCGCUGAUAAGGAGGCGGAGGCGGAACUGAACCAAAACCAAACUUUUCUGGUUAGUUCGGCCGUGAUAAGAUUUUAGUAACUGUAAUGUUAAUCAAGUCACUUGUGGGGAGUGCCUGCACUCUGAUAGGAGCAGCUACAGCAAUAAAGUUUGCACCUGUGGAAGUGAAAGCCCAGACAGCCGCUCUCCUUCACAGCACGGUGAGGAAAUCCCACCUGGUCCAACAAGCCAACAUGAGGGUCGAACUUCUGCCGGCGCUCAGUGACAACUACAUGUAUCUGCUGAUCGAUGAAGAGUCAAAAGAAGCUGCCAUUGUUGAUCCAGUGGAGCCAAUAAAGGUUGUGGAAGCUGUCAGAAAGCAUGGCGUUAAACUCACAACCGUUCUGACCACCCAUCAUCACUGGGAUCAUGCAGGUGGAAAUGAGAAGAUGGUGAAGCUGAUGCCGGGGCUGAAGGUCUACGGAGGAGAUGACAGAGUUGAUGCAAUAACAAAGAAAGUUUCCCACUCAAACACCUUCAAGCUUGGCUCACUCAAUGUGAAAUGCUUGUACACACCCUGUCACACAACCGGCCACAUCUGUUACUAUGUGACUAAAGAAAGCAGCUCUGAGCCACCUGCUGUUUUCACAGGUGACACGUUAUUUGUGGCCGGCUGUGGUAAAUUCUUCGAGGGUACGGCAGAGCAGAUGUACAAAGCCUUGAUUGAAAUCCUGGGACGUCUUCCCCCUGAAACGCGUGUUUACUGUGGCCAUGAGUACACGGUCAGCAAUCUGAAAUUUGCACGCCAUGUUGAACCGCAUAAUGAUGUCAUUCAGAAGAAGCUUGCAUGGGCCAAGGAGAAAUGUAGUGAUGGAGAGCCAACUAUCCCGUCCACUUUGGCAGAUGAAUUUACAUUUAAUCCCUUUAUGAGAGUGAAAGAGAAAUCUGUUCAAGACCACGUGAAGAAGACCGAUCCCAUUGAAACCAUGAGAAGCCUUCGGAAAGAAAAAGACAGCUUCCGGGUCCCGAAGGAGUGAAGUUCAGUGUGUUCCUGUUUUUACCCUCUUAAAGCACUGCAGGUUCUACAUCAUAUUAAAUAAUAACUACAAUUCAACCUCAACACCAUUUAAAAUAGAUCCACUACAUUUACCCCUCACUGAAUGUACCCAGUUAUACCACUUUAGACUCAGAUGUAUGAAAUUACUAGAUGUUCUCAUCCUGUUUUGUGAGGUUUGUUUGACUGAUGGUGAUGGGACUGGUUUGGAGAAUAUAUGGCUUUAAGAGAUGAAUUUAUUGUAAUUUGUAAAUGCUUAAAAAUAUAUUAAUAUAUUGCUGUACUAACAGUUUCAUUCAGUGUUUAAAUUGGCCCAUUUCAUAAAACAGGGAGCCGUGUAAGGAACAAUCAGCCAUAUGUGUUCAUAGUAAGUGGAUUUCAUAUGAAGUAAUAAUCUCAUUUAAGAUCAACAUUGUUUUAUUCUGAUUGCCUUUGUAUUGAUUCUAUAUUUGCUUUAAGCCUCAUUUGAGUAAAAUGCAGCAGAACUAGACAGAAUACUUAAUUUCUCAUUUUAUUACGAGUGGUUGGUGUUGUCAGCAUUACUUGUUAGAUUUCCUGAGUGUUUGUAAACCACAAUCUAAAAAGAGCACCGCAUGAUGUUCUUUGGAAAAAGCAAUAAAACACAUCUGCUGGAAGAAAGUCAA